AUGUCUACCAUCAUGGAGCCUCGAAUCAUUGCAAGUCAGCUUCCGCCUGGUUUGGAGAUUGCUAUUCCGCCGGGAGGCAAGCUGCCUCCUCAGCAGCCGAGAGGCACUUACGACAAGAAACCUCUUCCGCCGCUGCCUCCUCUUCGGCCGGGAUUUUAUCGCCAAGUUUCGGCCUUUUCUGUCAUGUCAGCCAUGUCAGUCACCUCAGCUGUGUCAAUCGAAACAAAAUCGACAACAAGGAAUUCUUCGAGGUCGCGAAGUCGUGCUAGAACAACGCCAUCACCGCCCCCAUCGAGAUUGGAGCCUAGUGAGAGGCCUGAGACAAUUGAGAGACUGGAGAAUGAGAUCAGCACAAUUCUGAUCCAGCACAGCCCGACAACUAUAUUGCCUGUAUCACCAAGAUCAGAACAUAGGAGUUGCUCGCCUCAGAGUCGUCGGCCCGAACCGGAAAUCAGAAAGCUGGCCGUCCGACGUCUCUCUACGCCAAUCACAAGCCCAUGUACCCUGCAUCGAUCGUCGGCGAAGAUCAAACAAAUAACUGGGUUGGAUGUUGACUUUAAUGGCUUCACCACAACUCCCACCCGACCACCUCGAUCACCUUUGAUCAAGGAGACGCUGAUGCCAGCUACACCCGACAAAUCUAGCAGUGUUCAAAGCACAGGAAAACCUAGUUCGGAGAAACCGGCAUCGACGUCGGAACCAGCUCGAACACUCAGCCUGAUCGACGAUUACGAUGAUGAUUCGGAACCCGAUAGUAGUGAAUGGGACUUCAGUCCUAGUUCACGGAGGCAUAACCCAUCGUGGAUACCCGCGUCUCCGGUGCCGCCUCGGGUAGAGAUAUUGGAUUUUGACGAAGCGAGCCCGCGUCGUCGGGACUCCGAGAUCGGUUGCUUGAGGUCGCCUGGCAUGCAUCACUUUGAGACGCUGCCCGCACGACGAAAUAAUCAUAUGGAAGUCAGUUACGUGGGAGCCAAGGACCUCUACCACGCGACGGCAACAUCGAUUGCGAACUCGGCAAAGAAGACUGCGGUACCUUCACGAGAUAGCAUCGAGUCAGGGCGGAGCUCUAUCCGACCGCCCAAGAAUAGGCUGAGCUUCGCAGCCAAGGUGCUUCAAUCCGGUAGGAAGCGGCCGCCUACGGGCAUCAACACAACUCCGCAAUCACCAUCAUCGUUAGACUCCGCGACGGGUUCUACGGUGGGUAAGCAGUCUUUGGGGUCGAUUCAUCCGGAUAUGCACGCACACUCAAUGGACGACGACCGGCUGCGGGUCAAGUACUCGGACGCUCUAUCACGCGUAUUCAGAUGGAGCGGCGAGCACAGGAGGGUGGCUUCGGAAGGCGUGUCGCCAAACGACCUGCCGCCGACGUCAGAAGCUCGCAGCACCGCAUCGGCUCCGGUGCCCGAUUCACCUACGCAUCCUGGACUGAAGAGGAUGGGUAGCCGGCGUUCGGUGCAGGGCCUGGCAGCUCAGUUCAAGAGAACUGCGAACUCGAUGGUCCUGACCAAGGAUGAGCGGCGGAGGGAGAAUCUACGACAGAGCAUCCGGGUGAUACCGGAGGGUAGUACACUAGAGUAA